GCUGCCCAUGGUGAAGGGCAGAACCCCCGCGUCCCUAGCCUGCAAGUACACCCGGCCUCCCAUAUGGUUUCAACACCUUUGUUCACAGUUGGCCUUCACCCUCGAUCCCUCAUUCAUUGCUUCUCUCUUCCCUUAAUUUCCCUCUAUAAAUACUUACAUUUUCCCCUUUUCUUCCACUUGCACCACCACCACCUCUCUCUCUCUCUCCCUCUCUCAUCACAUUGUUCGUGUCAGAUCUGCCACAACCCAUUAUCCAAACUAACAUUUCCCAUCUGGGUUUCCACUCUUCAAUCCCUUUCAUACCUUCCUCUCCACAUCCGCAUUCUCUGAGGCAAGGCAUAUCAAAACCCGGUGUCUAAUCUUGGUUACUCAUUCAGUUGGUUUACCGGCGAUGGGCCAGGGCAAAAAAAGUGGUUCGCCGGUGACUUAACUUAUUCUCGGUGGGGUUUGGUGAGUGAACAGAGUGGGGGCCCGCACACAUCAAAUGGAUAUACCAACUCUCUUGGUCGUACUGUCUGUUACCGCGGCUUACUUACUGUGGUUCAAGUCCCUCACGCGGUCCCUCAGGGGCCCACGCGUCUGGCCCCUCUUGGGCAGCCUGCCCGGCCUCGUCGAGAACGCCAACUGCAUGCACGACUGGAUCGCCGACAACCUCCGCGCCUGCGGCGGCACGUACCAGACCUGCACCACCGCAAUUCCCUUCUUGGCCCGCAAGCAGGGCCUCGUGACCGUCACGUGCGACCCCAAGAACCUCGAGCACAUACUGAAGCUGAGGUUCGAUAACUACCCCAAGGGGCCAACCUGGCAGAGUGUUUUCCACGAUUUGCUGGGCGAGGGAAUCUUCAACUCAGACGGCGACACGUGGCUGUUCCAGCGGAAGACGGCCGCGCUGGAAUUCACCACCCGGACGCUCCGCCAGGCCAUGGCCCGGUGGGUGAGCCGGUCAAUCAAGCUGAGGUUCUGCCCGAUUCUUGAGACGGCGCAGCGUGAGGGCAGGGCGGUCGACCUGCAGGACCUCUUGCUCCGGCUCACCUUCGACAACAUUUGCGGCCUGACUUUCGGGAAGGAUCCGGAGACUUUGUCUCCGGGGCUUCCCGAUAACAGCUUCGCCUCGGCUUUCGACCGAGCCACUGAGGCCACGCUGCAGCGCUUUAUUUUGCCCGAAGCCGUUUGGAAGCUGAAGAAGUGGCUUCGGAUGGGGAUGGAAGUCAGCUUGAGCCAGAGCCUUGAGCACGUGGACGAAUACCUGACCAAUGUCAUCAAUACACGUAAGCUCGAGCUGGUGAGUAGGCAGGAAGGUGGGACCCCUCACGACGACUUGCUGUCUAGGUUCAUGAAGAAAAAGGAGUCCUACUCUGACACAUUCCUCCAACACGUGGCACUCAAUUUCAUCCUAGCUGGACGCGACACGUCAUCGGUCGCGCUGAGCUGGUUCUUCUGGUUGGUCUCUUUAAACCCGAGGGUAGAGGAGAAAAUCUUGACCGAAUUGUGCACCAUUCUGAUAGAGACACGUGGCGGGGACGCAUCCAAAUGGUUAGAUGAACCAUUGGUGUUUGAAGAAAUUGACCGGUUGAUAUACCUUAGGGCCGCAUUGUCUGAGGCCCUCAGGCUAUACCCAUCAGUACCUGAAGACUCGAAACAGGCCAUCGCGGACGACACAUUGCCCGACGGCACAUUCGUGCCGGCGGGCUCCGCCAUCACCUAUUCGAUAUACUCCGCCGGCCGUAUGAAGUUCAUAUGGGGUGAGGAUUGCUUGGAAUUCAGGCCGGAGAGGUGGUUGUCGUCCAACGGCACCAGAUCCGAGGUGCAAGAUUCGUUCAAAUUCGUGGCGUUCAACGCGGGCCCUCGCAUCUGUUUGGGGAAGGAUUUGGCUUACCUGCAGAUGAAAUCGAUCGCGUCAGCGGUGUUGCUCCGCCACCGGCUCGCGGUGGCGCCGGGGCACAAGGUAGAGCAAAAGAUGUCACUUACGUUGUUCAUGAAGUAUGGGCUUAAGGUUAACGUGCACCCCAGGGACUUAACGCCCACUGUGGCCAGGAUUACCAAAGAACUGCAGGGGUGAUGUUGACGAGUUAUAUGGUGACAGUGACUGUCAUGUUGGUGUUUGAGAUUGAGUGAGUUUUAUCAUUUAUGCAUGAUUUGUGUAUAUAUAUAUGGGAUUUUCGUGCUCCACUUUGUACGUAGGCGUGCUUCACUUUACACUAGAUGUUAACAUCCAAUAUCCAGUGCAAAGUGGAGCGAUGCGUACAUUUUUAAAGCACCAAAAUCAGUGUCUUAUAUAUGAUGCAUUUAUAGUAGUAAUAAAGUACAAUAGAGAGGGACAGAUCUAAGUCUUUCACGGUUGUUCACAAUUGGCAUAUUCUCUUCAGUGCAUAUGAUCAAGAGAAGAAAGUACUUGUCACCGUAGAUCUUUGUCUCUGUGUUCGAUCUGAAAUGGCAUAAACGGUGUCAAACACUUUGAAAAUGGAUAUUGUGGAUGCAAUAAGCAAUUUAUGUAGAUGAAUUUAGAAGCUCAAUAAUACUUUCCAAGGCUGAAAGCUCGAUAAUGUGCUUUUAUUUUCUUUCUUUAAAUACGGUUUAAUUAUCUGUAUUUCUAUUCUUCUUUUUCUUGUUGGUGGUGAUGGUAAAAAUAUAUGUAUUCCUCUGGUUGAAUAAGGAAUUAAUGAGAAGGACAGUGAUUGACUAUGAA